GCGGAGUGUUUAUUUUAACCGCACGCAGAAGAGAGAGGAGGUCGUGAUGGCUGCACCGGAGCCGGAAGUGCUCUCUCCGGCCGCAGUCCCGGAUUUGGAGUGGUAUGAGAAGUCAGAAGAAACUGACAUCCCCCAGAUAGAACUACUUGAAACUACCUCUACCCAGGAACCUCCCAACCCUUCGGAACCCUUUUGCUCAAGAGACUGCAUGGUACCAGUGGUGUUUCCUGGGCCUGUGAGCCAGGAGGGCUGCUGUCGGUUUACUUGCGAACUUCUAAAGCAUAUCAUGUACCAACGCCAGCAACUCCCUCUGCCCUAUGAACAGCUUAAGCACUUCUAUCGAAAAGCUUCUCCCCAGGCAGAGGAGGUGGUGAGGAAGAAACCUCGGGCUGAGGUGAGCAGCAGGAAAUGCCAACAAGCCCUGACAGAACUAGAGAGUGUCCUCAGCCACCUAGAGGGCCUCUUUGCACGCACACUAGUACCACGAGUGCUGAUCCUCCUUGGGGGCAGUGCCCUAUGCCCCAAGGAAUUCUAUGAACUGGACUUGUCCCGGCUGGCCCCCAACAGUGUGGACCAGAGCCUGAGCACAGCAGCUUGUUUGCGCCGUCUCUUCCGAGCCAUUUUCAUGGCCGAUGCCUUUAGUGAGCUCCAGACUCCUCCGCUCAUGGGCACCAUCGUCAUGGCACAGGGACACCGUGACUGUGGGGAAGAUUGGUUUCGACCCAAGCUCAACUAUCGAGUGCCUAGCCGGGGCCACAAACUGACGGUGACCCUGUCCUGUGGCAGACCUUCCAUCCAGUCAACAGCCUGGGAGGAUUACAUUUGGUUCCAGGCACCAGUGACUCUUAAAGGCUUCCAUGAGUGAACAAGGGUGCUGCUUCAUCCUGGAAACAUGAUGGCUGAAUUGUCUUUCUCCCUGUGGCACUUGAGUCACCCACCUCUUGCUUGGAGCUAGAGUUGCUUCCUAGUAAGAGAGGAGGGUUCUAUCCCGGCUGUCUGCCUCCCCUCCUCAGACUUCCUGGUAGGCUAAUAGUGUGUGACUGUAAUAAUCAUUGUUGAACAGCAUCUCUGAAUCAAAGGCUGAUUUUCCCAGAGGGUGCUGGGUCAGGUGUUUCUGUUAGGAGUUGGAAAGCAAAGAUGGGUCCAUUGACACUCCUGUGGAGGUGGCCCUUUUCUGCUUUUUGCUAUGCCUUUCAGAAUUUUUACCAGGGUCAUAAUGUGGGUGUGACUCAUGAACUUAAAUAUAAAAUAAAUUCCUAUUAAAUUUU